AGCUCCACCGGAGCUGAAGGUGACGCUGGCCCGACUCUCUACCUCCAUCCACCCGCCGUGUCGGACGCAUCCUCCCCGGUCUGCUCCUCCUCCAGCACCGCGCCGCGACCUCCUGCUUCUCCCGGUGAACCAUGUCCUUGUUCAGCGAUGUCCCGCAGGCUCCUCCCGUGGCCGUGUUCAAACUGUCGGCGGACUUCAGGGAGGACAGCCACCCGCAGAAGGUCAACCUGGGAGUCGGGGCUUACCGCACCGACGACAACCAGCCCUGGGUGCUGCCGGUGGUGAAGAAGGUGGAGCGGCUGAUCGUGGAGGACACCAGCCUGAACCACGAGUACCUGCCCAUCCUCGGCCUGCCCGAGUUCCGCUCCGCCUCCUCCAAGGUCGCCCUGGGAGAAGACAGCGCCGCCAUCAAGGACAACAGGGUCGGGGGAGUCCAGGCUCUGGGUGGGACCGGUGCGUUGAGGAUCGGCGCGGAGUUCCUGCGCCGCUGGUACAACGGCACCAACAACACAGCCACGCCCGUCUACGUGUCAGCGCCCACCUGGGAGAACCACAAUGGUGUGUUUGCUGAUGCUGGUUUCAAAGACAUCCGGCCCUACCACUACUGGGACGCUGCUAACAGGGGCCUGGACCUCACCGGGCUCCUGGACGACCUGGAGAAAGCCCCAGAACACUCCAUCUUCAUCCUGCACGCCUGCGCUCACAACCCGACCGGCACCGACCCCACCCAGGACGAGUGGAAGCAGAUCGCAGAGAUCAUGAAGAGGAGGAAGCUGUUUGUGUUCUUCGACUCGGCCUAUCAGGGAUUCGCCUCUGGCAGUCUGGAUAAAGACGCCUGGGCCAUCCGCUUCUUUGUCUCCGAGGGCUUUGAGCUCUUUGUAGCUCAGUCCUUCUCCAAAAACUUCGGCCUGUACAACGAGAGAGUGGGGAACCUGACGGUGGUUUCCCAGGACAGCGAGAAUCUGACCCGUGUCCUGUCUCAGAUGGAGAAGAUUGUCAGGACGACCUGGUCCAACCCCCCGUCUCAGGGAGCGCGCAUCGUCAGCAAGACCCUCAACUGCCCCGAGCUCUUCGCUGAAUGGAAAGGGAACGUGAAGACCAUGGCCGACCGGGUUCUGUUGAUGAGGGAUCAGCUGAAGUCGAAGCUGCAGGCCCUGGGAACCCCGGGGACCUGGGACCACAUCACCCAGCAGAUCGGCAUGUUCAGCUUCACCGGCCUCAACCCCAAACAGGUGGAGCACAUGAUCAAGGAGAGGCACGUGUACCUGAUGGCCAGCGGCCGCAUCAACAUGUGCGGCCUCACCACCAAGAACAUCGACUACGUCGCCGAGUCCAUCCACGAGUCCGUCACCAAGGUCCAGUAAAGGAGGCGGCCUCCCUGUCCGCCCACUUCCUGCCUCCUGCACGCCACAGGAAGUAUCACCGUGUCUACGCCCCCUGUUCCCCGCCCCCCCGGCUUAACCUCUCCUCUGAUUGGAUAAACUGCAGCAGGGUUAUUUGCAGUUGAGCCAAUGGGAGGAGGAUGUGUUUCUGUUCUCACGGUAAAGUACUAAUCUUUGGGAGGUGCAAUGACUUUAGGGAAACACUUGAACAGUCAGGUAUCGCUGAGUUCACCAGAACUAUAGAAUAUAGUAAGAAUUAAAACGUCUUUGAUCCAUUUCCUGCCUCAGAUUUCCUCAUAAUGUGUCAUUUCUCGUCACAAACAUUCACUUGAGCUUUUGUUAUGAGUUAACAUUUACAUGAAUGUGUGUAUAUGUAAUCAACAGCUGCUUUCAGACAUGCACUGAAGUCCUGACAGUUUUCCAGAAGGGCUGUAAGUGACGAUGCAAAUGUCCGAGUCAGUUUUCCUGCCAGCGAGCGGAUGUGUUGACGAUGUUUCUAACAAACGAGGGACGACUCUUUUUGAGUCUUUGUGGAAAUGUCCGGACCCAUUUUUCAGUUUCUUCCAUGUCUGAGAGCAGCUUCACUCCUUCCUAUUUCCUGCACAAGUUCUAAACAAGGACAAAUCAUGUUACAUGUUGAAAUCAUGAAUAAACUGCUACUAAGGUCUGUGACACGAUAGAAAUGAAGCAACACGUCGUCUGCACAGUGGUUUUGUGCAGUUUAAAAUUUGAAUAAGUUGUUGGAGACGACAAAUCAAACUCAGUUUCAACAGUUACCGUCUCCGUCAUGUGACUUGUUGUUUGGUCACUCGCUUGUCGUGCAUGUGCCUGAUGGUGGGAGCUCACAAAGCUUUUUUUUUAUUUUGAUUGCCACCAGUGAGUGAACCCCCCCCCCCACCCUGUGGUGUGUUGUGUUCCCCCCCCUGCACUGAUCUGUGUUACAGCCUCUGUAGAGUCACUAGUUGUGUUGGUCGGACCUCAGAGCCCGACACUUGUGAGCCACUCUCCUGUUCUGUGGUGGUGUUUGUUGAAGGCACACAGCAGUAUGUGUUCAUACUGGAAUAAAUUAUAAACUACAGGAACCAGUCAAA